AUGCCUAAUUUAAGACUUUAUACAGAUGGAUCACAACAUGAUGACCACACUGGUUGUGCAUUGGUCGCGUAUUACGAUAAUGAAGAAAUUUUUCAAUGGUUAUGUAAAUUUAGAACCCACAAUAGUGUAUUUCAAGCCGAGGCAGAGGUACUUCUUCAGGCUGUCAAAUUUAUCAAAACUUCUGGUGAGCCUGAAAGCAUAAUUAUCACAGAUAGUCUCUCCUCUUUAUCUGCUAUUCAAAAUUUCAGACAUACUCCUACAAUAACGCAAAUUCAACAGGAAUUGCUCUCGGCCACUCCUCUUAAGAUAACGCUUGCAUGGACAAAAGGACAUGCUGCUGAUGUAGGCAAUAUAGCAGCAGAUAAACUUGCUAAAGAGGCUGCAAUAGGCAUUACAACAGGAAACUAUACUAAUGGCAAUCUGAAUGGGACAGUUCUGACACUGGUCAUCGGACAUACAGCUUUAUUAUAUGUCGAUGUUAAACGGCACAUCACUAAUCCUCAAGUGGUACGCUAUGCUUCAGGGCAUGGCCCAUUCCCUAGUUAUUUUAACAGAUUUGGAACUACAAAUACUGAU